AUGACUGUGAUUAAUGUGGGAAUCAUCGGCUGUGGAGAGAUUGCACAGGUAGUGCACAUCCCUACCCUAGUCUUCCUCGCAUCCAAGUUUCGAAUCAGCACCCUCUGCGACGUUUCUCAAGAUUCCCUCGCUCAUUGUGUCGCGAAAGUUCCUGGUACCAACCCACCAAAGACCACUACUUCUCCAGCCGAGCUCUGCGCAUCACCGGACGUGAACCUCGUGCUGGUGAUUAACAGCGACGAGUACCACGCGGAGCAUGGGAUUUUGGCCCUUCAGAAUGACAAGCAUGCCUUGAUUGAGAAGCCAGUUGCGCUGAAUGACCGCGAUGCCGACGCACUGAUUGAGGCCGAAAAGAAGUCCAAGGGAAAAGUGAUGGUGGGCUACAUGAGGCGGUACGCCGCUGUCUUCGCGGAUGCCGUUCGCGAAAUCGGAGGCAUGGAAAAGAUCCUUUACGUGCGAGUAAGAGGCAUGUUAGCUCAUCCGAUGACAUGGAAGAAGUUGACGAUUCAACACAGACAUCAUUGGCGCCAACGCCACGUUUGUGGAUCAGCCCGGGCGACGGAAAUGGUCUCACAGGCGUUCCUUGAGGCUGGUGUCACCCACGAGCAGGUGCCUGCGACAAUGUGGAGAGUCCUCGGCGGAUUGGGCACGCACGACCUGAGUUUGAUGCGAGAGGCGAUUGGAACGCCAAUCAAGGUUCUUGGUGCUUCAUACCAAUGGCCCUUCUGGAGUGCCUUGCUUCAAUAUGAUGGAUUCACGGUCGUAUAUGAAUCCGGUGUGGAUUCCAUUCCUCGGUUCGAUGCGCACCUGGAGGUAUAUGGUGGCAACAAGUCUGUGCGGGUCAACUACGACACACCUUAUGUGAAGGGACUUCCCGUCACAAUGCGGCUGCAGGAGAACAUCAAUGGUGAAUUCCACGAGACAUCUGUGCGAAAGACAUAUGAAGAUCCGUACACACUCGAGUUCAAGGAGAUCUACGAUGUCAUGGUUAAUGGGAAGCCUGUGAAGACAACAGUGGAGGACGCCAAGCAGGACACUGCGAUUUUCAAAAUGCUCGUGCGGGCGGUUGCCAAAAGCACCGGCUAA